GGGUGCGGACGCGUCGCUGCUGCUGGCGGGCGCCGGGCAGCGGCCCAUGGGCAGCGUGCGCUGGGCCUUCCCCUGCGCCGCCUGGCGCCCCCGCCGCGAGGAGUGGCUGCUGGCGGCGCGGCUGGUGCAGCCCGAGGAGAAGGACCGCAUCGGCCAGUUUGUCUUUGCCCGCGAUGCCAAAGCCGCCCUGGCUGGUCGUCUGCUGAUAAGGAAAUUAAUUGCAGAAAAGCUGCAUAUACCAUGGAAUGAAAUACACUUGCAAAGGACAUCAAAAGGAAAACCUUUUCUGGCAAAUAAUACAUCCAAUACCUGUUCAAAUUACAACUUCAAUGUCUCUCAUCAAGGGGAUUAUGCAGUUCUUGCAGCUGAGCCUGAGCUUCAAGUUGGCAUUGAUAUUAUGAAGACUAGUCUACCAGGUAGUAGCUCAAUACCAAAUUUCUUUCGCAUUAUGAAGCGACAGUUUACUGAGACAGAAUGGAGCGUAAUCAGGUCUAUGAAUAAUGAAUGGAUGCAGCUGGAUAUGUUUCAUCGGCACUGGGCCCUAAAGGAGAGCUUCUUAAAAGCUAUUGGAGUUGGAAUUGGCUUCAACUUGCAAAGAAUUGAAUUUAAUGUAUCCCCACUGCAACUGGAAAUAGGGAAGGUAUAUCAGGAGACAAAAAUGCUGCUGGAUGGAGAGGAAGAAGAAUGGACUUUUGAAGAGACCCGAUUAGAUGACAAUCAUCAUGUUGCAGUGGCUCUUGGGAAACAGGAGAUACAUGGACAGAAGCAUUCCUAUGUAUAUUCCAUGGAUUUCAAUCAACCACAGUUUAUGUUACUGACUUUUGAAGACUUAAUUGCGUCUGGUAUUCCAAUUGCACCCGAGGAUUCUACAUAUUGGGAUAGCUUUUGUUCUAAGCAGGAGAGUCCAACAAAACAGAAUUCAUGUUCAAGAUAAGAAUAUGUGUAAGAAAAAAAAAUUGUCAAUCUCAUGCUGUUCUGUAUAAUUCAGAUUGUGGGAAUACAUGUACAUGUUUAGAUGAGAAAUGUUUUUCUUCAUUUAAUCCAACAGUAGGAUUCCUGUCUUUUCAAAACUGACAUUCUUUAUAUUAAGAAAGAGGUAUAUUUUCUUGAUGAAAGAGUUAUAUGAAGCAUCUAAGCUGAUCAGAUGCUUUUGCCUCUCCUUGCCAUGGUUCUCAUAUUUCAAUAAUUACCUUUACUAUGAGCAGCAAGCAGAACCACAUUAAUUGGUUGAGUCAACAACUGUUCAACAUAUAUAUUUCUAUUCUUUAUUUAUGCUGCGAUUUAAAUUAUGAUAUUGCCGCUAGUCUUAAAAAAUACUUUUUUUAUUCAACUGGCUGAAUAAAGCCAGAAGAAUUAGUACAAGUGAUUUUGCUGUAACUGAAUGGCACAAGUGUUAUACAAGAUUCAAGGUUUAUUUUUAUAAUAGUAGACUUAAGAAGCCAUAAUUUUGGCAUUCUUGGAAUUCCAUCCAUAUAAAACUAGCUUGAGAAGGGGUAUUAUAAGCAUUGCAUAUGCUUUUCAUUUAUGACCUCUGUUAAUUAAAGCCCCAUGUAUAUAACUUAUGGGUUUUUUUAACUCUUCUUAGCUAUAUUUCUCUCAGAAGUAGAUCUGUGCAUAAUAGCAGUUCUGUAUUCCUAGACUUGCACUUAAGUCUAUACUGUACUAGACGCUAGGACUUGGGGAUGGGCAUUCCCAGUAGUCUCAUAGCAUCUGAAGACAUGGAAUAUUUUAUUGUCUUAUGGUAGAUAAAGAUUUCUGGAGAAGAUCUGUAGACCUUACGUGCAGCACGUGAAUAUUUCAUAUACUUUCUCAAAAUCAUUCCUAAAUCAUUUUCCAAAAUCAUUUUGUGCCAUCUCCUUUUUUUUUUUUUUUUUUUUUUUUUUUUUUCCUCCCCACCCCCCGCACCCCCAAAGAAUCAUAGAUACAGUGUGGUCCCUAAAUGUAAGGAAACAUACUGAACAGAAUGAUUGUCACAAUCCAAAGAGCUGAUUUUCUUCCUACAGUUAAACACAGAUCUUCAGUGAGUUCAGGUUUGUACUCAGAUUGGCCACUUGCUGUAGUCUGACCAAAGGAAAAUGUACUAUAACCACUGAAACCAUGCCUUAUUACAAAGAUAGAUAAAAGAUUUAGAGAGAGAAGGAAAUGAGCUUUACAAUGUGGUACAAACUGUUGUGGUUUUGCUGUAGGCAAACCUGAAUUCAUUCUAGCAGUUUUGAUUAAUAUUUCUGUUUCUGUUUUGUUGACCUUCUCAUCUUGCAUGUUGAUGCUGCAUGCUUUUUGUUCAAAACUGCAAAUCAGUGAAAUAAUGCAUCUUCUUGGAACUGCACAGGAGUUAAAUUAGAUACUCAGUAGCUUUGUUUAAAGUUAACAGAAAUGUAGAAUUGUUCUUCUAUGCAUUGUAAGUAAAACAUUCAGUGUGGUUUUAAAAAAUAACAUGCAACAAAUAAUCAGAAUUUCAUGAAGGACAGAAAAAGGCUAUUCAGAAGAUAAGUAACUGUCUUGUUUACUCAUGUAAGAUAUUUAUAAUUGCUUCAGUUCACUCCAUUUUAUUCUAUUCUACAUGAAAGGUACUGUAAUUCCAGAUGUGCAAGCAGGUAAAGGCGCGUAAGAACAGAGAUAACUAGCAGUGCUUCCAAGAUGGAAAAAAGGACUUACUCUGCCUCAGUUUUUGGAAAAAUGCAGAGUACUUGAAAUAAGAACUGCUGAAGAGUGCUGAGGUCCUUGGUUGCAUAUUUGUUACUGCUCUGGGGUGCCAUCAGUUGUGACUAUACCAGUCAGAUUAAACUGCAACUUUUGAGCUGGGACAUUGAAAUGGGCUGCAGAUACGAAGUGAGAUGAAUAGAGAAUUUUCCAAUCCACAUUUGUGGGGAUCAAGAAAUUAAUUCUAUUUUAGAAAUAAGUUACUUUUGCCUCUUAAGUGUGUCAGAACAUUUUUUUCAGUAGAUAAAUGCAUUUAGCUUGCACGUAAAGGUUUAAAACAUGAGAAUAUGUAUUUUUGCAUAGAAAAGAUGUUAGAGUUGAUUGCAAAGUUUAAGUGGUAAAAAUAUUUUUCAAUACAAUUUCCAUCUACAUGACGAGACUGGUGAGAUUCAGCAUAAAAACCUUUAGCUUUGAAAAGAAAGUCAUAUAUAUUCAGCACUCCUUCAGCAUUUCCAGAAGACUGUAAAGCUAUGGACAGUAUAUCUUGUUACUGUACUUCAGAAUCAAAUGCUUUCAUUGUAAUCAAAUGCACUGAAUUUAGUCAAACAGGAAAUAGUGGCAAAAGUAGGGCAAACAUGGUUGUAAUUCAUAGGUUGUUUAAAACAUCCAGGCAACACACCUUUUAAAAAAAUCAUCUUUAUCUUAGACUUUGCAACAGAACUGUGGUAUGCAAGGAAAACCAGAUUAAGAGGAGGAGAUGGUUCUUCAAAUGAACAUACUGUCUCUUUACUGGAGCAUUACAGUGCCAUAGUAGUACAUUCAAUAAAGGAGAUAAGCAGUAUGUGGGCAGAAUUGAUACAGUCAAGUCUAAAACACUGAUUAAGACUUCCCUGCUAAGCCUUUGCCUAAAUCUGCAGGUGCCUAAACAUCCUAGUUGCCUGUAUUUGUGCUUCUGGGCAUAUUCCUCCAGAAUACAGAUAUUGCAGAUUGUACACUGUAUGGAAAAUGUAGGCAUGAAACUCCACUCUGGAUGCUUCUCAAGGGAGCUAGUAUUUUAAAGGCUUUCUGUGACUACUUGUGCUAUGUCUGCAUAUUGUAUUGUGUACUGUUUGUUUAUGGUCAGAUAGUGUAUAUAUGUAAAUCCUAUUUCUGCUAUGGUUGAAUUUUAAUUUCUACUGAAAUAAAAAGUUUGUUAAUUUGUGUAUAUGUUCUGUUCUUGUAAAUGUGAUUUUUUUUUUUUAAUAUAGCUCUACCUUUGAGGGUUUUUUUGAUCUCAAUAUUAUUUAGAUUCAGAGAUGGAUGAAAUUAGUGAUUCAGUAAUCUAACCACAGUGUUAUUUUUUGAAAUAAUUUGUGCAAACCAGUCAAUAUGGUCCUGGAGAUAUCCUGUAGAUGAAACAGAAAAUGAAGUUCCAGAACAACUAUCCAUUCUGUAGUAAUCUUAAAAGAUGUUCUUGCUUUUCUUCCAGAAAUUAAUGGACACUAAGGUUCUCCUUGAUUUCCUCUUGCAAGUGUAAUUUAAUAAAGUACAAUGUA